UCUGUACCUGUAGUUGACAGCACAAUUUUUUAUAUUAACUUAAGACUUUUUUAUGUACGUGUUUUCAUUAUUCAUUAAGCAGUAUUCAAAAUCGAACUAAGAUGCGUCUAUUGCAUGGAUAAUUAAGUGAAACAAUUGUGUUAAUAUUUAAGUCAAAAGUAAAUUAAGUGUUUUUAUGGACAUGUUUUAACUGUUAUUGAGUUCUGUUAAGUUUUAAAUUCGGAAAAAAAUGAAUUGCUGGCAUUUAUUUGUGUUAACUUUGUAUAUUUCCGCUAUUUUGACAUAUGCUGCAGUCGUGCCUGAUAACGAUGAUAUUGAUAAACAAGGAUUGUAUAGUAAAUCAGAUCAAGUCGUUAUACUGACUAACAAAAAUUUCGAUAAAAAAAUAUAUGGGCAAAACAAUGCGUAUGUAGUCCAAUUUUAUAACAGUUAUUGCGGUCACUGUAGAGCAUUUGCGCCAAAAUUUAAAAGCCUAGCUUCUGAAUUGGAAUCAUGGAAAAACAUAAUAAAACUUGCAGUUCUGGAUUGUUCUGUUGAAGAAAAUAAUGAAAUAUGCCGCCAAUUUGAAGUUAUGGCUUAUCCUUCCCUACGAUAUUUACAUGAAAACUAUAUUAAAAGCAAUGCUAAUGUUGGUGAUAAAUUACAGUCUACAGACAGUGCUGAUAAAUUAAAGACUCAAUUAAUUAAUAAAAUACAAAGUGAACAAUCUCUUGGGCGCUUAGUAUUUGCCCCUUCACUUAAAAUAGCAGCAUACAGUGACUUUAAUUCAGCUCUAAAACCAUUUCCAAAAAAUGUCCUUUACACUUUUUUGGUAUUUGAGAAUGAUAAUUCUACCAUUGGAUCUGAAUUGGCACUUGAUAUAAAUGAUUAUGAACAUGUUACAUUGAAGAGAGUAUAUGACACUAGUGAACUGGCCGAUGUAGCUGGUGUAUCACAUUUUCCUGGACUUGUUGCUGUUUCAUCUAACUUAGAAUCUACACUUUUAACACCAAAAAAUCCAACAAAACAGAACUUACAAAAAGCUAUAAAUAUAUUUUUAAAGUCUAAAAACUAUGCAUUGCCCUUGAGGAAAAUUUCAAGUGAAGAAAGUCUUAUUAAUUCAAAUCAUGAAAAGUCUCAAUCUUUAGAUUCCGAUGUUGUCUACUACAAUGAUUUGGAAAAGACAUUAAAAACUAGCUUACAUACUGAAAUACCAAGGCAUAAGAUUUUAAGUGGUGAAGCCCUUGAAGCAUUAUUGCAGUAUCUAGAUGUUAUAAUUUUAGCUUUUCCAUUUAGAGGAAAGCUUAAAGAAUUUGUUACAGAUUUACAUAAAAACCUCAGCAGUAGAAACCAAUGGACUGGAAGUGAGGUGUAUGAGUUAGUAAAACAACUUGAAACAGUCCAUGCUCCUGUCUUUAUAUCGAAUCUUGAUUAUAUAAGGUGCAAGGGCAGUCAACCGCAAUACAGAGGUUAUACAUGCGGUCUCUGGACCAUGUUUCAUACACUAACCAUAAAUGCAGCACAAAAACCUGGCAAUGAAGCCCCACGAGUAUUGAAAGCCAUGCAUGCCUAUGUGAAAAACUUUUUUGGUUGUACUGAUUGCUCACAGCAUUUCCAGGCAAUGGCAGCAAGGAAUAGAAUUUUUGAUGUAAAGGAAAAUGAUAAAGCAAUACUUUGGUUGUGGAUUUCUCAUAACGAAGUGAACUUAAGAUUAGCUGGUGACGUGACUGAGGAUCCAGAACAUCCAAAAAUUCAAUUUCCCAGUGUUACGCAGUGUCCAGAAUGUAGACUUCCACGAGGUGCUUGGCACUUACCUGCAGUUUAUGAAUAUCUUCAGAGAGUUUAUAGUACAAUAAAAAUUCAAGAUGCCCGAACAGCAGCUGCUCCAAGCUCAAUCUCCAACCUAGACAUUGGAUUGAUAAGCCUCUUGUACAUGUCCACUUGACUAUUUUAACUGCUUAGACGCUGAACAAGCCCUUCUAGUAACUUUAGCAGAAGCCGUAAUAUGUAAUGUUUCUCAUACAUUCCUAAUUAUUUCAAACAUUGAAUCUCUUUCAUAAUAUGUACAAUUACGUAGAUUAUCAUUUAUGUAGAUUGUAAUUUUAUUAUUAUAUGUCAUUAAAUCAUUGUAACUAUGUAUGCUGGUUAUACGGAUUGCUUCUCGUCUUAUUUCAUAAUAUUAAUAAUACUAUUGCUCAUAAAUCAAUAAAAUUGUAUCGACUA